AGAAAAAUAGUUAGCUAAGCUUCUCGUCACAGAUGGUGGCAAUAGCGAGUUGCGAGAUAUUAUAGUGCGAAAUAGUAACAACGGUAACAGUAUUCAUGAAAUUGCUCACAUAAUUCGUAACAACGUGUCCAGUUAUUCAACCUUUAACACGUAGUGGUACAUUUCCCCCCGAGUUUUGGUGUAUUAAAUGGAGGAGAAGAAAGAAGACGGAGACUCGGAGAUACAGGAACACGGACCCGAGCACUGGUUCUCAAAAUGGGAGCGGCAGUGUUUGGCCGAAGCGGAGCAGAGGGAGCCGAGCGAGGAGCAGGCCGAUAACGACCAUGAGAAACUGUGGCAUCUGUUUCAGAACUCUGCCACUGCUGUGGCACAGUUAUACAAAGACAGAGUAUGCCACCAGCAGGGCCUGUCAUUGUGGGUGCCAUUUCAGAAUGCUGCUACAGCAGUUACCAACCUCUACAAAGAGAGUGUGGAGGCCCAUCAGAGAAGCUUUGACCGGGGCAUCCAGAUAGGCCACCAACGCCGUAAUAAGGAUAUGUUGGCCUGGGUGAAAAAGCGCCGGAGAACCAUACGUAGGGAGGAUCUUAUCAGCUUUCUAUGUGGGAAAGCGCCACCUCACAGAACUGGCAGGGCCAACACCCGGCUGACCAUGGUGGCCCCUAGCCGAGCUAAUUCACCAGCUGAGACUGGCUCAUCUGUGGAAGCAGACCUCCAGCCCUUCAGGGAGGCCAUAGCACUGCAUGGUCUGAGUGGAGCCAUGGCAAGUAUCAGUGUGCGCUCCGGUGCGCCGGGGUCCCCCACCCACGUUAGUGGGAGCAGCAGUAACGGAGGCGGCACUGGCGGUGGUGGAUCCUCCGGCUCAGGGCCGGUGUGCCGCAGCAGACGUAAUGGGCUCCAAGACGUCGACCUGAACACUUUCAUCUCAGAGGAGAUGGCACUGCAUCUGGACUCUACAGGCUCCGCCUCUGCCGGAGGAGGAGGAACCAGGAAACGAAACUCCACCCAGUGUAGUGACGUCAUCACAGACUCCCCUACUCACAAACGCAACAGGAUGAUCUGAUGUGCUGCCUGCUUAUGUGUGUGAGGGGGUUGGGGGAGGGGGGGAGCCUUGAAAGCCAAGGCUAGGAGAGGGGGAUGGAUGGGCUUAUGUGGACAGAUGUGCAGAUGGACAGACUGACGUUCGGAUCCCUGGCUGUGCAAAAGAAUCUGGGCUAAAGAUGGGGACUGGAGGUUCUCAGAUCAGUCUAUUCAAAUGUUGGAUGAAUCUAUUCCUUGUCUCCUUUCCAUACACUAGUACUACACUAGUACUUCAAAUCACUGAUCCGCAAUCAAAACACUGUGUGCAGGUGUGUGUUCGGUCGAUUGGGAGGUCUGGAACGACACCCACACACCCCACAGACGUCGCUGCCCUGGAAAGGAGACAACAGAGGAAGACACCAACUCAUUCUGGGACGCAGACAGUUUUCAGCGGGGUGAAAAAUGCACUGUGCUGCUUUAAAAAGAAAAAAGUAAAAGCCACUUGAUCCUUGACACAUUUGUGCCCUUCUUCCCUCCCUUAACCUCACUCAUCCUCACCCACCACCUUAAUAAGGAAGUGAGGGCCAUGAUCAAAAAUCGUCUCACUCAGUGAACGGAGUUGCUUGCCAAAACUGUUGGACCCAACUCCUGUCAGACAUUCACCUCUGCGUCAAACAAAAAACAACCCCACCUGUUCUUUUCUGUUACUUCAUCAUUGCAGCUCUCAGUCGGCGUUGCCUGUCAGUGGUGGAGCUAAAUCGCCCAGUAGGAGUAAAAUCCGUGGCAUCGUCCUGCCUCAACGUGUCGCUUGUAACCAGUCUCCCUUUCUCUGGUUCUAGAUUGACGGCAUGUAACUACCAAUAGCAGGCUAUUGAUGUUGGACAUUUAGACUUUAUUCUCUGCUAAACUCUUCUGCUUCAACAGUGGCUCGAUUUCAUUUUUAGUUCAGCCCGUUGUCCGUUUUUUUUUUUUUUUUUAGUUCAACCACCAGUGUUAAAAUUCUAGGUUUGUUCGCCACUGUUUGCAGCAGUGAUAGCCAAAUUAAUUUCGUGUUCUUUCUCCACCUUUUUAUUUUGUCGUUGUUGUUGUUGUUGUUUGUAUUUGUUAAGGAUAAUGGAAAGGAAAUUUUUUUUUCUUUUGUGUAUACAGCUUCUCAGACAGCCUGUUUGCUGCCUGCGACGCCC